GGUGGCGGCGGACCCCCCCCGCCCCCCACUACCGACGCCCGUUUGCAGCCAGGCGCCGCCGAGGCGGCUCCGCGGGCGCGGAGCGAGUGCGGCCCCGGCCCACCGGCGGCGGCGGCAGGAUGAAGUUCGCCGAGCACCUCGCGGCGCACAUCACCCCCGAGUGGCGGAAGCAGUACAUCCAGUAUGAGGCUUUGAAAGAGAUGCUGUAUGCAGCUGUGGACCAGGCCCCUUCUAUAGAAGACACAGAUGAGGACACGGUGAAAAGGUGUUUUGCCACAUUUGAAGAGAAAUUCUUCCAAACCUGUGAGAAAGAACUUGCCAAAAUCAACAUUUUCUAUUCAGAAAAGCUUGCCGAGGCUCAGCGCAGGUUCACCACUCUCCGGACUGAGCUACAAUCCACUUUGGAUGCACAGAAAGAAGCCAGUGGGGCUUCCACGCUGCAGCGGCGCAGAAAGCCCGUCUUCCACCUGUCCCACGAGGAGCGUGUCCAGCACAGGAAUAUCAGAGACCUGAAAUUGGCCUUCAGUGAGCUCUACCUCAGCCUCAUCCUCCUGCAGAACUAUCAGAACCUGAACUUCACUGGCUUCCGCAAGAUCCUGAAGAAACAUGACAAGAACCUGGAGACAGCCCGGGGGGCGGAGUGGAGGGUGGCGGAGGUGGAGGUGGCCCCCUUCUACACCUGCAAGAAGAUCAACCAGCUCAUCUCUGAAACAGAGGAAGUGGUGACCAAUGAGUUGGAAGAUGGAGACAGACAGAAGGCAAUGAAACGUUUGCGUGUUCCACCCUUAGGAGCAGCUCAGCCUGUACCAGCCUGGACUACAUUCAGGGUUGGAUUGUUCUGUGGGUUGUUCAUUGCACUGAACGUCACUGUCGUACUUUCAGGUGUGGCUUUUAUAGAUGGACCAAAUGUGUGGCCACUGGUGAGAAUCUAUCGAGGUGGCUUUCUCCUGAUAGAAUUCCUCUUUCUCCUGGGUAUCAACACCUAUGGCUGGAGACAGGCUGGAGUCAAUCACGUCCUCAUCUUCGAACUCAAUCCCCGCAGCAACUUGUCCCAUCAACAUCUCUUUGAGAUUGCUGGUUUCCUGGGCGUUUUGUGGUGCCUGAGCCUGCUGGCAUGUAUAUAUGGUAAAUUCACCUACAUCCCUAUGCAGGUGAAUCCACUUAUCUUGUACGGCUUCAUGUUGCUUUUUCUCAUCAACCCUACCAAAACCUUAUAUUACAAGUCCCGAUUUUGGCUACUCAAACUAUUGUUUCGAGUGUUCACUGCUCCCUUCCACAAGGUAGGCUUCGCAGAUUUCUGGCUGGCUGAUCAACUCAACAGCUUGGUCGUGAUUCUCAUGGAUUUGGAAUACAUGAUCUGCUUCUACAGCUUUGAGGUUCAGUGGGAGGACAAUGCUGGACUUCUGGCAGAUACAGAUAAUCAGAUUUGUAACAGCUACUCCUACGGAGUGAGAGCAGUCGUCCAGUGCAUCCCUGCUUGGUUGCGAUUCAUCCAGUGCCUGCGCCGUUACCGUGAUAACAAACGGGCCUUUCAUCUGGUUAAUGCUGGAAAAUAUUCCACCACCUUCUUCGUGGUGACAUUUGCAGCCCUCUACAGCACUCACAAAGCUAAAAACCACAGUGACACCCAAGUGUUCUUCUACCUGUGGAUUAUCUUCUGUUUCAUCAGCUCGUGCUAUACGCUCAUUUGGGACCUGAAGAUGGACUGGGGUCUCUUUGACAAAAAUGCUGGUGAAAACACCUUUCUCCGAGAAGGAAUUGUCUACCCACAGAAAGCAUACUACUAUUGUGCCAUUGUAGAAGAUGUCAUCCUGCGUUUUGCAUGGACCAUCCAGAUCUCCCUCACUUCCAUGCAAAUCUUUCCCUACGCUGGGGACAUUAUUUCUACUGUAUUUGCCCCACUUGAGGUGUUCCGGCGGUUUGUGUGGAACUUCUUCCGUCUGGAAAAUGAGCACCUGAACAACUGUGGUGAGUUCCGUGCCGUGAGGGACAUCUCCGUGGCGCCGCUCAAUGCCGACGACCUGACGCUCUUGGAUCAGAUGAUGGACCAGGAAGAUGGAGUUCGGAACCGCCGCAAGAACAAGCAGUGGAAGCGCAGCCUGAGCGUGUCCUUGCGCAGGCCUCGUCUGGCUUCACAGUCCAAGGCUUCUGACACGAAGGUAUUGAUAGAGGACCUAGCAAACGAAGUCAACACAUGAGAUGGCCACGUUCUCUUAUUCCACAUCCUUUGUUUUCUCAUUCUGUUCCCUUCUUCCCCAAGUAACCCGAAUCUCUGGUACAGUUCCAGCUGAAAACAGGAGAAAACACUGAACACGUUUUCCGAGCUCUUCCAGACCAGAUCCUAUGGACUCCAAAAAGCUCACUGUGUUUCGUUUCUUUUCUUCUGGGUUAAUUUUAAUGUUCUAUUUUAAACAAACAAACAAAAAAAUAAAAUAUUUUACUUUGUUUUGCCAAUAAAGAGGACAGUUCAGGAAAGAAGGAUUGUUUACAGUCUCAACAAGGACAUACAAACCUUAUCUGGAUAACGAAGCAUCAUAGGAACUCCCUCAUGGGACAGUGCCGAGAGCACACUCAGUUUCUGCUUGGUCCGGUUUUGACUGGUUGAAACCGGACUUAAGUUUUUAAAUCUGAUUUUUUGGUUGGGGUUUUUUUGUUGUUUUUUUUCCGUCAUAUCCAGCGCUGAGGCACUGGCUGCACUUGCAGGGAAAGUGCACUUAGAGCAGUAUCUUCAUUCAUGAAGCUACUUUUUAAUUUGAUGUAACUUUUCUUAUAAUUUCUUUGGAAAUACGAUGUAUCUGUUGCAUAUAGUUUUCACAUUAUUUAUGAAACUUAAUAAUCAUAUGAGAGUGACUUUGAGUCCUGUGCAAUGAAGGUUGUAACAGUAAAACAAAGUGGGGAAUGUAGAUCUUCAUCUCCAGGGUCGUGGGGUAAUACCCUGCAAAUACCCCUCUCAUGAGACAACUUGCACCUAUGUGUACCUUCUCUCUCUCUUUCUUUCUUUUCAAUUUUAUUUUAAACCAAAGUUUCUCUUUCUGAUAUUUUUUUUUUUUUAGUUGCUGCUACUGCAUCUGGGCAUGUCUCUUGUGCCAGUUCAAGGCCAGCUUUUCCAUGCAGCUUUGUGACAGAAGUGCAGAUGAUCUUAAGAUGGUCCUAAGGAAAGGAGAGUUGGUUCCCACAAGCAGCACAAAACGCUGGGCAAACAAAGGCUUCAAAACUUCAUCCUCCUGAUCAAAAAGUACUUUUCAAAGCCUUAAUGAUCCUUAGGUGACAUGAGGGCAUCCCAGUUUGAGCUGAGAGCUUUUUGGGUAUUCUGCAGCAGCUCAGCACAGCAAAGGGGACAAGGUGAGGAGGUGUGGGACAGGGAGGAGGAGGUUCAGCAGGCUGGAGUUUCAGCAGGGAGUGGUGGAGUGUUUCAGGGAGCAUGGAAAGGGCUGUGGUGUUGCCCACCUGAUGGGAAAGGUGAGAUAUAAAAAGGCUCUUCCUGUGGCUUCUGGUUUGGCAUGAAGCUGCUGUUUGCUAUCACAGUGAGCUGCCCUGUGGCUCAGCUGUUGCUCCUACUCCUUGCCUCAUUUGUUAUCCCAGCUGGACAGGGCAAUACUGUUGAGCAGACUUAGGUGAAGGACAGCUGUAUUGCUGAGCAAAUUAUGUUGGAAGAGUGAUGGGAAUUCGAUGGUCUCAUCAGUCUCUCCUGCUGUGGGAUGGCAAAAACGGGGGCCCGCAGAGUCUUGCUGUCCUUCCUCUGGCAUACCAUGUUCUCUGUGGGUCUGAAAGGAGGAGUGAAACUCCUGGAGUAGGAUCCUUGUGUUGAUGUCUCUCCGGUGACCUGCCUCUGGUUUGGGUGAUGGAAUUGCAGGAAUCUCUGCUCAGUUGCUGUUUGGUGGUUGCUUUCUUUAAUUAGCUGUUGGCAUGGCUUCUCCAGCAGAUGAUACAUUGCAUUUCCUCCAUUUUCCUGAUGUACCUCUUGCCCAGAGGAACUGAAGAAGGAAACUUGUUUCUCUGCAUUUAAUUGGACAUAAAUUAAAACUCAGUUGUGGUCCUCUCACCUCCCACCGUGUCAGGCUGCUCUGGUAGGAGGACAGCUGGACGAACAGAGGUCAUGCUGGUCCCCGCCUCUCAGUGCCCAGAAACCUUUUUUCCUGUAUUUAACUAACUCCCUUAGGUCUGUUGAUUGUACUGAAACAGAGCAUUCCCCUUUGUACUGCAGUGGAGUCUGAAAUAUGAAGCCCCUUAAAUUAUUUGAGGUUCCUAAUUUACAUUGCAGCAGUUGGUGCUCAUGCAGGUGUUUCCAGAGGUGGGGAAGCAGCACAGCCAUACCUGCCAUGGGUAUGGGGGCAUUAGGGGAGGGCAGCUGCACCAGGAGGGGACAAUCCAAAAUUAUUUGGAUUAAUUAAAAUCAAGUAACACCACUGGUGUUACUUAAGCAAGUGGGGUUUUAUACUAAGAAAUUGAGCUUUACUAGUAAUUUGUCCUUUCAGAGGGGAGUUAAAAAUACAGAGAGACUUUGUCAGCAAUUUGGUCUAGUGGAAGGUGUCCCUGGCCAGGGCAGGGGCUUGGAGUUGUGUGGUCUUUAAGGGCUUUCCAACCCAAACCAUUUCAUAGUUCUGUGAUUUGGAAGUGAUGCCAGUCCCCUGGGAGCACUCUGCCUUCCUCAGCUGGGCUGAGGAGAGUAGGGCAUGGCUGGGUGGCCUGUGUCCAUCUGUCCGUUCUAGUGCUGCUCUGUCCGACCCCCCCACUUCCCAACCUGGUGGGGAGGGUCAGGGUACAAGUGAUUAAAUUCUUACUCUGUAGUUUACCCAAACCCUUACAGGAAACAAGAAUUCAGCAUGUCCAUCUGCUCUGCUCCUUGCUCUGCUCUUUCCCUUCACUUCUUCUCUGUCUUUGCUGGCAUGAAAAGUAAGAAAAAAUAAAAAAGGGAGGUGGCAUGCUGCAGCUAGCAAACAUUAUCUCCUAAAAUAAAACAUCUUCCCUUUUGGCAGUGAAGAUGCUAUCUCGGGGGAAAGCAGCCUGAAUUCCCAGAAGUGUGUGGCUUUUAAAGGCUCCUAGCUCCCAGCCCUGUGUCUGCCUGUUCCCUCCCUUCCAGAGAUUUCUGAGAAGUCAGGCGUGCAGAUUCCUCCUGAGAGCGAGCACUAAAGUCGGGAUGCCUCCGAGUCUACGAGAACAUCUGGCCAAUAAAGGGAGACCUAAUGAAGCAAAGCAGAUGGUGAGAGAAAAUAGCCCCGUUGCUCCUUGGGAGGGCAGCAGGAGCGAGGGGAGAGGGGCCAUUCCCAGGGUGGCUUCACUUCCUGAGCCAGGCUUUGCUAAUGGGUGCUUGGAAACACUCCUGGAGGGAUAGUAGCAGGGUAGCAGUCCAGAAGGAUUCAGAGCAGAGUUAAAAGGAUCUGGGGGAGUUUUAUCCAGCACUUUAGUUGUUGGGAUACAGCUGGAUGGGAAGUGGAAGCUGAGGCAGGUCUGUGCUGUGACUUUUUGAUGUUGGGCUCUGCCUCACCUCAUAGUUUAGUGGCUUUCAGAGGUUGUGGUGGUGUGGAGCUGCCUUGGUGUGGUGAAACUUCUGGUCCAGUCCAAGGGGAGGAGAUGCCCUUUGAACUUCCUUCUCCAUGUUGAUUCCCUAUUACUUUCCAUUCUGCUGCUCCUCCAGGGAUUUUUGAAUGGCAGGGGGUUUAGUGUUGCAGCAUCCAGUUUAUUUGCUAGCUGGGGUUCCCUGCACGGCUUUGGGAUGGUGUCCCUGUCCUUGGACAGGGUGAUGCCAUGCACCGUGGGUGCACUCCUGAGGGGACAGCUGGUCAGGUUUGGGAUCUGUGGACUCAGCAAGCAGGAGCAGGAGCUGUUCCAUAAAUGGGAACCAAUGCUGUCCCACCACAUUUUAAAAGAAAUGCAUUUGCAGCGCUGCAGCCUCUGUGUAUCCGAUAAGCUCCUAUCUAUCGCAUCCAGGUGCAUUCUCCAAGUCAGCUGGUGCUCAUCCUGCACCUUUCCAAGCCCUCAUCAUUCUGUUGAUGUGUUUGCUGUUUGUCCAGUGACAAUGAAAGGGGAUGAAGGGCAGCAGCCUUUAUCGUGAACGUCUUGGAUUGGGGGAGAUCUCUUGUGGAAAUCUCAGCAGAGUUGGAUUUUGCUGCUCCUACUUCCCUAAAAACAUCUUGUGCUGCUUGUUCUGCCUCCAUGCCAGCACUCAGCCACUGCUGCAGUGUGGCAGACAGGGAGGGAAAGCAUGUUCCUGGUUCAGGAGGUAACAGUCCCUGGGUAUUUUACCUUCCAUUGACAAAGGAGAGGGUGUGAAGCCUUUGAACUUGGCCUGUGUUUUGCACCACUGAGUGGAUUUGGCCUUGUCCUGCAGGGAUGCUGCUGUGCACCACUUGCUGGGACACAGUGUGUGCUCCAGGCUUUGGGCGUUGUGUCCCCAAUGUUGGGCCAUCACACUGGGAUGUGUCCUGUGACUGGGACAAGGCUUGGCUCCAGUUGGGAACACAAAAGUCCCUUUGCUCACACACUGCAUCCUGGCUCCAUGUCCUCCCUCCUCUCCUCUGCCCUUCUGCUUUGCACUCGCAGGGGGAAGAUGAUCUUCUGCCUUAAGCUUUUUUUUUUUUUUUUUUUUUUAAAUAUAUAUUUUUAUUCCAGAAGGCGAUCAGAUUGUUUUGUCUCCUUUGAAAAGAGGGGCUGGGGCUCCUGGGGGAAGAGUGAAAAAUCCCUACAGUACCUCUGCAGCAGUCACGGCUGGGCUCAGUGGCUGUCACCUCAUCAAACCUUGCCUCUUUUACAUGACACCAUCCCAAAUUCUGCACCUUGGAGCGAGCUGUCACCUGCCACUGCGGGGUUAAACCAGUGUGUCAGCAUCCCUGGGGUUCUUUGGUCCCUGCUGCAGCAUUCAGGCUGCAAGGAAAGGAGAGGAAAGGGACAGCAACCUCGGUGUACCCAGAUGCCAAUGCCCCAGCCCUGUUCCUGGUGGGAGUCAGAGCCCGCUGUGGCCCUGGCACAGCUGUGCCAUGGUGGGCAAGAGGCACCGACCCUGCCUGACAGUCCCUCAAGCUCUAGAAACCAAAUUGCAAACUCUUCAGAGGAGAAAUUCGGCAUUCUGGUAGAACUUGUGAUGACCUCUCCAUCCCAUAGGUCCUCCCGGCGAAGGAUCGGCAUUGGAAGGGGCCCGGGGUGGAAACGCUGAAGUUCCCCCUGGGUCCCACUGCCGCCUUCCCCUCCCGUUCCCCGCUGUGUUGGUCUAAAUGAUCUUUCUAUGAAGCCCUGUAGAUGUCAAAAGUAAUUAUGGAGUGUGAUUAGUCCUCUGUGGGUGCUUUCUUUCUUCCCUCCUCCUUUCUCUUUUGCUAUCCCCUUCUCCACUCUUCUGUUCUGGCUCAGUGGAAAAGGUGAGGACAAAGAAUUGCCGCUUGCUUGGACUCAUGAUGUAUCUGUGACUGCGCUAUUAGCUGUCUCCUCCUUCCUCCCCCAAAUGGAUAUAAUUUUCAAAGUGUGAAAUUCCCUUCUUGAUAAGUAGGUUUUAAAAAAAAAAAUAACUGCACAAUGUGAUACUGUUUCAUAGUUUCUAGGUGGUUGUAUAAAGCAAAGUUACUGUGAUUGUGUUUUUUCAAAGGAAAAAGUGAUUGGUUACAAAAUCUGUCCUUUUUUCAUUAUUACAAGCUCUUUGUUUUCCAAUGA